CUUUGACAAUACUUUUAUGUUUACAUAUCGCUGGCGGAGUUCAAUUGUUGAUAUACAAAAUUUGUUUUGCACUAUUUAAACGUUUAAAUUAGAGCUGCGUAAAUUUAUUUGCAUACAAGUAAUAAAAUAAAUUCUUCAACAUGGGGCGCGCAGAAGUCGGUACACCGAAGUACCUUGCCAACAAAAUGAAGGCGAAAGGUCUGCAGAAGCUCCGCUGGUACUGCCAAAUGUGUGAGAAACAGUGCCGUGAUGAGAAUGGCUUCAAGUGUCACACAAUGAGUGAAUCACAUCAAAGGCAACUCCUGCUGUUCGCCGAUUCACCAGGAAAGUUCUUGUUUAGCUUCUCUAAAGAGUUUUCUGAUGGGUAUAUGGAGCUAUUGCGACGACGUUUCGGCACUAAGCGUGUCAAUGCCAACAAAGUGUAUCAGGAGUACAUUUCCGUAAAAGAUCAUAUUCACAUGAAUGCCACACGUUGGCUUACGUUGUCAGACUAUGUUAAAUGGUUGGGACGUACCGGUCAGGUAAUAGCCGAUGAAACGGAAAAGGGUUGGUAUGUGACUUACAUCGAUAGGAGUCCCGAAGCAAUGGAGCGACAAGCAAAAGCGGAAAAGAAAGAAAAAAUGGAGAAGGAUGAUGAAGAACGUAUGAUGGAAUUUAUUGAGAAACAAAUUGAAAAAACGAAAAGUAAAAAUGGCGCACAAGAGGAUGAAACAGAAAAAUAUACUGAAUUGCGGCGAGAAGAAGAACAGCCAUUAAAAUUGGAUAUCAGAUUGGAGAAAAAAUUCAAUCCGGACACAAAAUUAGGACCAUCUGCCUUGAUAUUGAAACGACCGAAAACAGAAAGUCGCACCGAUAACGACUCGGAAGGCGAGGAGUCCGAUGAAAUAGAGGAGAAAGUGUUCAAAAAACCCAAAACACCUAAGUUGGAUAAAAGGAAGGAUAGUAGCAAGGAGAGUAGUAAAUCAGCAUUAGAUGAACUAAUUAAAGAGGAGGAAGCGAAAAAAGAACGUGCAAAUCGCAAAGAUUAUUGGUUGCACACAGGCAUUGUAGUUAAAUUCAUUAACAAGGCGAUGGGUGAUAAAUUCUAUAAACAAAAAGCUGUGGUGCAAGAAGUGAUUGACAAAUACCGUGCUAAAAUCAAAUUCCUAGAUACGGGUGAUAAGCUGAAAGUUGAUCAGGCUCAUUUGGAAACCGUUAUACCAGCGCUUGAUAAACCAAUAUUGGUGGUAAAUGGCGCAUAUCGUGGCUGUGAAGCUAUAUUGAAAAGUUUAGAUGAACGUAAUUACUGUGUUACCAUAGAGAUUUCACGCGGUCCACUCAAAGGACGAAUUGUGGAAAAAAUACAAUAUGAAGAUAUAUCAAAAAUUUAUUGAGCAUAAACGAAGGCAUUUCUGUAAAUUAAAUAGAGUACAAUAUGCUCAAAUGGCAUACAGACUACAUAAGUUGCUGUUAUAACAACUUUCAGAAUUUAAAAUAUCUACUUGAAAUAUUUUAUAUAUUUGUAAAAAAAAAUACUAAAAAAUUCAAUGAAAGCAUUUAAAAACCGAGUGAAUUUGUAAAAUAUAUUUAUCUUCGUAAUGUUAUUUGUAAUGUGUUCGGUGUCACCAUGAAGCAAUCUUUAAAAAGUCAUUCAAAUGUACAAUAAAUUAAAGACAUACUCAUUUCUCCAUAA